CAUCGGACUGCUGAGUAUUCUCCUCAUCUCCCUGCGCUUCAACUCACCGUCACCCUGGAUAGAGGGGAGAGAGAACUUACUGGAUGAACUCGAUGAAUUGACACUUCAGGGCUGGAUGCUUCACGACAAGAGUCUCUACCGUGUUUCUACUACGAAGAAGGGCUGGAGGGCCAGUAGAGAAGACUGUCAGAAGAGAAAGGCAGACCUGGUGGUCAUCAACAGCAGAGAAGAACUGGCGUUUGUCAGCAGAUUGAUGGGUUCUUCCUGGAUUGGACUGAGUGAUCGAGAGAAGGAGGGGACCCACAAGUGGGUGGAUGGUAACCCCAUGACCUCAAGUUGGAGACACGUUAAACCACGCGAUGACGGCGGAGCAAGAGACUGCGUCGUAGCAGGGGAGGACGGCUGGUCUGAAGAGCCGUGUAACAGACUGCACCACUGGAUCUGUGAGAAGGUCCUAGACCUGGAUCAUCUGGAGGCUGAGCGGAACAAAGAGGGUUCAGUGAUGCCCACGGAGGAGGAGGAGGAGGCCCCCAGCAUCACAGAGUUCCACUCCUCUACCCACGUGUUGCCCGUGGGCCAAACGGCCCGCUACACCUGCCACGCCGGCGGCACGCCGGAGCCCACAGUAGAGUGGCUCCACAACGGCAGGCCCCUGGAGAGGGACGGCACAGACGACCAAUCAGAGGCCUGGGUGGAGAGGGGCUUCCUCUUCGUCAGAGGUGGGAGGUACGGCGUGAACACGGUCUGCUGCAUGGCGAGCAACAGUGCUGGCACGGCCAAUCACAGCGCUGAGCUGCUUGUCUUUGAUGCCUGUGACCUCACACUGGACCCCAACACGGCCAACGGACACCUCCUCUGUCUGAGGACAACAGGAUGGUGA